AUGAGGCUGGGAGUGGGAAAGGUAAAGGCACAUAACCUGGGAGAGGGAAAGGCAAAGGCACAGAGGCUGGGAAUGGGAAAGGCAAAAGCACAGAGGUUGGGAAUGGGAAAGGCAAAGGCACAGAGGCUGAGAGUGGGAGAGGCAAAGGCAAAGAGGCUGGGGGUGGGAAAGGCAAAUGCACAGAGGAUGGGAGUGGGAAAAGCAAAGGCAGAGAGGCUGGGAGUGGAGAAGGCAAAGGCAAAGAGGCGAAAGGCUGGGAAAGGGAAAGGCAAAGGCACAGAGGCUGGGAGAGUGAAAGGCAAAGGCACAGAUGCCAGGAAAGAGAAAGGGGAAGGCACAGAGGUUGAGAGAAGAAAGGACAAAGGCACAGAGGCUGGGAGAGGGAAAAGGCAAUGGCACAGAGGCAGGGUAAAAGGCAAAGGGACAGAGGUUGGGAGAGGGAAAGGCAAAGGCACAGUGGCUGGGAGUAGGAAAGAGAAAGGCACACAGACUGGGAGUGGGAGAGGCAAAAGCACAGAGGCUGUGAGUGGGAAAGACAAAGGCACAGAGGCUGGGAGAGGGAAAGGCAUAGCCACAGAGGUUGGAAGUGGGAAAGGCAAAGGCAUAGAGGCUAGGAGAGGGAAAGGCGGUGGUACAGAGGCUGGGAGAGGGAAAGGCAAAGGCACGGAGGCUGGGAGAAGGAAAGGUAAAGGCACAGAGGCUGGGAAAGAAAAAGGAACAGAGACUGGGAGUGGAAAAGGCAAAGACAUAGAGGCUGGAAAUAGAAAUGAAAAUGGAAAGGGAAGGUAUAUGCCUCCAUUACUCCCUCCAUUUAUUGUGAAGACAACUUCUGAUGCUUGGUUUUAA